AUGGCGGCCGACGAGAACAUCCAGGAUCUUCUUGAAGAAGUUCAUGCCAUCUCCGCGCAGGGCGAAUUCCGCCUCCACAUCAACCAGGUGCCGCUCGACAUGGACGACUACGCGCGCGUCCGCUGGAUCCUGCUAGCCUGGCAGCGUGAAACCGUGGAAGACGCACUCGCCCAGUCGAUGGCCGACGACUCCGGCGUGGAAGAGGGCGAGUCCGACGUUUCGUACUACGACAACGACGAAUACUACGAUGACGGCCUCUACGAAGACUUCGAUUGUGUAGAAAUGACGGUGACGUGGCCGAUGUCUCUCGAAGAACUUGUUGCCGUGGUCAACGCCAGACUGGAGGAACUGGAUCUCGGGAUCAUCAUCGAGCUCGACGCCGACAUCAAUGAAGCCAUCAACGCUGACAAACGGGAGCGCACCUUUGCAUUGGUGCAGCUAAUCUUGGACGAGUAUUUGGUGGGUGACGUGGCGGCUCGCCUCGACCUGUUGGCGGCCCAGCGCGACGGAAGCGGCGCUCGUGUGGUCGAAAACGAUCAG